CUACAGACUGAGACCCCGCGAGACGGAGACUCUUGUGUGUGUCUCUCUCUCCAUCGCCGGAGAAAUCUCCGAAGCUCCGUCGCAUGGAGAGAGCUCGAGAGGGAUGCAAACCCUAGUCGUUUCUUGGUAAUUGCUGGGAAUCCAAAGCUCUUUAUAUUGAUGCGAAGGCGCAAUGCACGCCCCCAGACAUCUGAUUCCGAUCCGACGACCACGAUGUUCGUCCAUAAUCCGAAUUCCCGGAAACCUAAAUCUCUUUUCUGUCGCCUUUGGAUCCCUGUCGCCGUUUCCGCUCUCAUAGUGGUGUUCCUCGUCCUCUAUAUCUUCUCAAGACGACGUUUUGCUAAUAAUUUUGGGGUAAUCAUCGAUGGCGGAAGUACUGGGACUCGGAUCCAUGUGUUUUUAUAUAGGAUGGGGAGGGACUUCAUGCCAGAGAUCGAUUUUGAGGGGUCCGCAGCGAUUAGGGUGGCACCGGGUCUUUCAUCCUUUGCGGCGGAGCCGGAAAAGGCUGGAGAGCUGAUAAGAGAGCUAGUGGAGUUUGGGAAAGGGAGAGUGCCAAGGGAUUUGUGGGGAGAUACGGAGGUAAGGCUCAUGGCGACUGCGGGGCUUAGGUUGCUGGAUGUUGGGGCUCAAGAAAGGAUUUUGGACGCUUGUAGAAAGGUGUUGAAAUUUUCAGGGUUCCGGUUCCAGGACGAUUGGGCGUCUGUGAUUUCAGGCUCUGAUGAAGGAAUUUAUGCUUGGGUUGCUGCUAAUUAUGCCCUUGGUACUUUGGGGAGUCAUCCCCAGAAUACCACUGGGAUAAUUGAACUUGGUGGGGCUUCUGCUCAGGUAUCAUUUGUAUCCAAUGAACCUGUGCCUCCUGAGUUCUCCCAUGUGCUUAAAUUUGGAGAGGUCACUUAUAAUCUUUAUAGCCACAGUUUCCUUCAUCUUGGUCAGAAUGUCGCGUACAGGUCACUUCGUGAAUUGCUAAACUCAAGGGACUUCAAGUCAUCUAUAGAAUCUGAUGUGACAGAGUAUAAAGAUCCUUGCACACCUAAAGGAUAUUCUGAUGGUGUGAGAUUAUCGAAGAUUGGUGGGGUUCUCAGUUCACAGGAAAAAUAUCAUCCUGUUGCUCAUGCAAAUGGUAACUUUUCAGAAUGCAGGACCUCUGCGUUGAUGCUGAUACAGAACAAGAAAGAAAAAUGCUUGUAUGCUACCUGUAAUCUGGGAUCAGCUUUCAUACCCAAGCUGAAUGGGAGAUUUUUGGCAACUGAAAAUUUCUUUCAUACUUCAAAGUUCUUUGAGCUCAGGCCAACAUCAUUGCUUUCUGAUAUGAUGUUGGCUGGGGAACGGUUUUGUCAAGAAGAUUGGUCAAAGCUAAAGCAGAAAUAUCCCACUUUGGAGGAAGAGGAUUUAUUACAGUAUUGUUUUUCUUCAGCAUACAUUAUUGCUCUUUUACAUGACAGCCUUGGAAUUGCUUUGGAAGACACAAGGAUUCAGUUUACAAAUCAAGUAGGUGGCAUCCCCCUUGAUUGGGCUUUGGGAGCUUUCAUCAUGCAGAGAUCAUGGAAACCAAAUGCCGAUCACCUGAGUUUGGUCACGGCUACUGUCUAUGAAGAUUUUGGGUUCCUCUCUCUUUGCAUUGUCUCUAUUUUACUGAUAUCCAUGGCAUGGUGUGCGUCGAGAUGGAAAAAGAGAACACAGAUGAAGACUAUUUAUGACAUGGAGAAAGGACGUUAUAUUAUUAGGCAUAUCAAGCGAUAAAUGGAGACAGUAGCAACAUCUGUACGACCGUCAAAUAUUCACAUUAAUUUCACCAUUGUUCAUUAUUCAUCUCUGUGACAUCUUGACUGCACGCGGCGACCUCCCCAGUGAAUCUAUACGCUGUUAUUUCAAUGCCAUAUCCUCUUUUGUAUUAUCUGUUACAUGAAUCAAACAACACAAAUCAAAGAGUUAUCUGAGCCUCAGAGUCUGAUCUAGUGAUCUCUCAAGAAAACAAUUGUAGCUGAUUGAUCCAUUUUUUCAUGGUUUGGGAAGAAUGUUGAGAUAUUUUCAAUGACAAAAUCAGCAGAUUUUGUUUGUCCUUAA